UAAACUAUAUAAUCUAUUUGUUUCGUUGAACGGAUCCAAAGAGCAAAGACCGAGAAGGAGAACACCGGGAGGAAUGCGGACCAAUUUGGAAGAGGGGGACAUGCAUUUGAUUGAAGAGCACUUAUAUCUCGGUAACAUUGUGGCCGCACAGGACCCGGAAGCGCUCAAAGAGCACAACAUAUCGUAUAUAUUGUCGGUGUUUGACGACGAGUUGAGCGUCAAAUGCGAUUCAUUGACUUAUAUGCAGAUCCGUGUGUACGACAUGUACGACGAGGACCUCCUCACACACUUACCCGAAGCCAUUCAAUUCAUAGAAGCCGCGCGCGGGUCUGGCAAAGGGGUUCUCGUCCACUGCCAUAUGGGGUACUCGCGGUCGGCAACUGUAGUGAUCGGGUAUCUGAUGAGCAAAACCAAACAGCCGUACGAACCCGUAUACGAUAUGGUGAGAGCGAAGCGUCUCAUUGGACCCAAUAAAGGGUUUCGCAAUCAAUUGAGUGUCUUCGCGGAAAUGGGAUUCACAUUGAAUGCGAAGAAUAGAAAAUUGAGACAAUUUAUGGUCGAAACUCUCCUCACGUCAGACACAUUUUGGAAGAAAUGGGAGAACAAAGUGAACGCCUAUUUUGCUCGACUCGAGCUCAUCGAGAGUAUGACCGGAGAGCUAGAUAUGGGCGCCGGAUAUGUGUGCCAUAAAUGCGGACACAAGUUAUUCAAUGAAAUUCACGUUCAAAGGAGUACGGCUUCAGAGGAGGACGAGUGGGUGGGCAUAGACUCAGACACUGUGAUCGAUGAGAAAGAGUCGUGCGGUUAUUUCUAUAUUGAGCCUCAGAAAUGGAUGACCAGUUUGAUAGGAGUGACCGCAGAUGAUGGCCCGGGUCUUGUCAAAUGUCCCGAUUGUGCUCAAGAGCUCAUUGAAUACAAUGACAUGUUUGAUCCCUUCACCGCCUGUUACUGUCUCUUUCAUAAGAAUCUAUUAAAGAGCCGACGUUUUCGUGUCGCCGACAAUAAGAUCAAAAUUGAGUCC